UUCCACCGCCACUAACGAUAACAAUAUAAAGCCUUCAUGUCAUUUUGACGUGAGCAGAUUAAAUCUCGAUCCUAACCUGGAAACAUGAAGAUCUUUUUUAUCGUAGCUGCAACGCUUGUAGCAGCCGUCUCGGCUGGAACCGUUCCCCAUGGGUUUUCAGAUGGCGAAAAACCGAGCAAGGGUAUUAAGCACUUUGGAGGUGGAAGAUGGAAUAUGAGCACAGGGGGAGGAUGGGGUAAUCAGCAAGGGGUGGGAAACGGUUGGGGCAAUAACAGGCCAAACGGAAGUUGGAUUUCUCAAAACAAUCGUCCUAAUGGUUGGGGUUUGCAAAAUGGGCGGCCAAACGGUGGGUGGGGCAAUAAUAAUGGAUUCGGAAAUUCUUGGGGCAACCGACCACAGUGGGGAAUUCGACCACCAUAUCGACCGUGGCACAACAGGCCAACGAGACGACCAUAUUCGACAACCGCGAUUCCCUCGACCAGUCCCGCAGCGCAGAACAUAAGCACGACAGCCGGCGUGUCUGACCUUCCUUCAACAACAUCUGUCGUAACUGAUGUUCCUUCAACAACAGCUGUCGUAACUGACCUUCCUUCAACAGCUGUCGUAUCUGACCUUCCUUCAACAACCGCUAUCGUGACUGACCUUCCUUCAACAACCGGUGUCAUAACUGAUGUUCCUUCAACAACCGGUGUCGUAUCUGAUGUUCCUUCAACAACAGCUGUCGUAACUGACCUUCCUUCAACAGCUGUCGUAUCUGACCUUCCUUCAACAACCGCUAUCGUGACUGACCUUCCUUCAACAACCGGUGUCAUAACUGAUGUUCCUUCAACAACCGGUGUCGUAUCUGAUGUUCCUUCAACAACAGCUAUCGUAACCGACCUCCCUUCAACAACAGGGGUAGUAACCGACCUUCCUUCAACAACCGCUGCAGUGACUGACCUGCCUUCAACAACAGCUGUCGUAACUGAUCUUCCUUCAACAACCGCUGUAGUGACUGAUCUUCCUUCAACAACGGAUGUAGUGACUGAUCUUCCUUCAACAGAAGCUGUCGUAACUGAUCUUCCAUCAACAACAGCUGUAAAUAUACCUGUUUUCCCUUGAACGCAGGCUAAUCUUCAGCUUCCUCCUUUCAACGUUAUACAUGUCUCGGAUAUAUUUAUUUGAAGUUUAAUAAAAAUUGUCUUAAUUUCAAAAUUUCUACGGGAUAUUGCAACCAGAA